GACGGACGUUGAAUCUAAAAAUCUUCAGAGACUAUAAUUAAAAUUAAAAAAUUAAAAAGAUCUUUCUUUCUUUUCGAAACUUGCUUUGCUGUGAAACCCAUCUCCCAAAAAGUUUGCUCCUUUCGCAGGGAAGGAAGAAGAAGAAAGAAGGAAGGAAGGCUUAUCAAAACCCUCAUCCCAAAAUCCACAAUAAAUCUUUCUCUCUCUCUCUCUUCCGCAAAUUAGGGUUCUUUUCUUCUUCCUUCCCGAUUACGAAUCGUGUCUCUCAAUUCUGGGUUUGCGUCGUUUCCCCCAUUUUGGAUUCAUACUUGCUCUAAAGCUUCAAACUUUAUUAUAUUUGGGUUCUUGUUCUGCUUUCAAAAAGGUUUCAACUUUUCUCUAGGAAAAUGGCGGAUUCGAUACCGUUUUAUCUCAACAUCGUGGCGUUUCUAUGCACUGUUGGAGCCAUUGCAUUGGCAAUAUUCCACAUCUACAGGCACCUUCUCAACUACACGGAGCCUACUUAUCAGAGAUACAUCGUACGCAUCAUCUUCAUGGUCCCGGUUUACGCCUUCAUGUCAUUCUUGUCCCUUGUGCUACCUACAAGCUCCAUUUAUUUUGAUUCCAUACGAGAAGUUUAUGAGGCUUGGGUCAUUUACAAUUUCCUAUCGCUCUGUUUGGCAUGGGUUGGAGGUCCAGGAGCAGUUGUGCUUAGUUUAAGCGGUCGCUCUCUCAAACCAUCCUUGUGUCUCAUGACUUGUUGCUUUCCACCUUUAACAUUGGAUGGGCGUUUUAUUCGACGUUGCAAGCAAGGCUGUCUGCAGUUUGUUAUUCUAAAACCUAUCCUAGUGGCUGUCACACUUGUGCUUUAUGCAAAAGGGAAGUACAAGGAUGGAAACUUUAACCCUGAUCAAGCAUAUCUCUACCUUACCAUCAUCUACACCAUAUCCUACACAGUUGCUUUGUACGCCCUUGUGCUGUUCUACAUGGCCUGCAGAGAUCUCCUUCAGCCAUUCAAUCCAGUCCCAAAGUUUGUGAUCAUUAAGUCUGUUGUCUUUCUAACCUAUUGGCAGGGUGUUCUUGUUUUUCUUGCUGCAAAAUCUGGAUUCAUACAAACCGCUGAGGAGGCAGCUCAUUUUCAGAAUUUCAUUAUAUGCGUGGAGAUGCUUAUCGCUGCAGCGUGCCAUUUCUAUGCUUUUCCAUACAAGGAGUACGCGGGUGCCAAUGUUGGUGGAGCCGGAAGUUUCUCAGGGAGCCUCUCACAUGCUGUGAAACUAAAUGACUUCUACCAUGACACUGUUCACCAGUUUGCUCCCACUUAUCACGAUUAUGUACUCUAUAACCAUACUGAUAGUGGAGACGAGGGGACAAAGAAGUACCGGUCGAGAACUUUUGUGCCGACUGGGCAAGAGAUGGAGGCGAUGAGAAAGAACCAGACUGUGUAUGCAAACAAGAUAGAUGGUGUUUCGGUGGUCUCGAGUAGUGUAUCUUCUUCAGUGGGAAGCUCACCGAAAAGCUCCAGCGUAACACCUGAGGCUGCUGUGAAAUCUUCGCUGCUUGUUGAUGAUGCCUCGGAUUCUCUUGAUACGAUGUAUGAUAUGUCGCUCAUCGACAUUGAUAUAUCUAGUUUCCCCAGCAAUGUCCCCUCAGCAAGUGAAAGUGGGUCCUAGAUAGGAGCAGAAAAGGAAGAUUAUUGUAGAAAGCACCAUUUUAAAGAUACUACAAAACGUGCUCCUGAAUGUUGGAUUCAAGUGAAUCUUCUGAGGUGUGUUCUUAGUUGGAAGGUGUUAGUAGAAAACUCGAGGAUAAAUGAAAAAAAAAAAGCUUCUGAACCCGUUUUGCGUUGAGCUCUUGUUGUAGCUUUGUGUGAUGAGUCUUCUUCUACUAGCAGCAUGUUUCUUGUCCUUGCCUGCUCUGUAGAUAUAUACUAGGGCUUGAAACUUGUCUUUUUCCUCAAGCUUGUGUAUUGUUUCGCAGCUAGAAACAUUCUUCAAAUAUACAUGUAACUAGAAUGAGUUUGGAGAAUCUUUAAAAGUCUAAAUGUUGUGUGUUCUUGG